UCGUAUAUUUGCUAUUUUCAUUUGGACGCCACGCUACGCAUGCGUACUUCGACCGUUCUUUGUUUCUUGUCUAUUUGAAAAAUCCGUUACCCGUUCCAGCUUGACGCUUGCUUAAAUUUCAUUCUUUCCGAGCACUUCGUCGAGUGAGUAGGUCUUUGCUGGUCUCCUCCUGACUACCCAAGCCAAGCUAAAAUCUGCAAAGUUCCUUUUAGCCUUUUUGUAUAAAUAGAAAUCAAAAUGUCGGACGAAGAAGUUCAAACCAAAAAAGGCCGCAAAGCAGCAGCUGAAGCCACCAAACGUACCAAAAAGGAUGCGAAAGCUGAAGUUGAAGAUGCUCCAGUAGCCAAGAGAGGCAGAGGAAGGCCAAAGGGAACCGCAAAGAAGGCUGAAAAGAAGGAAACCAAAGCCAAAUCAAAUGGAGUGAGCAAGCGUGGUAGGAGGAAAAAGGAAGAGAAGGAGGAAUCAGCUGAAGAAGAAAAUGGAGACAAAAGCAGUGAAAAUGAAGAAGAGGAAGAAGAUGAUGAAUAAAUUGUUCGAAUACAUUUCCUUUGCUUUUAAACUAUUUUUUAUACUUAAUGCUUAAAAUUUACGUAUUUACUUUCAGUAUCCAUACUUUUAGGUUUAUUUAACAGUACACACUUAAAUUAUUUAAUUUUUGACUGAUUUGAAUUUGGUAUUAGUAGGAAUCCAAUUCCAGGAAAAUGUUGCAAUAGCCUCUCAUUAUUUAUUUUUAGUUUUUUAACUCAUAUUUAUAUAUCAUCAGACCAUGUAAGUUACUCACACUGAAGUGUAUUUCCGGAAUUGGUGUAUUUAGGUACUCGUUUAGUACUUUAGACUGAAAUAAAUUUUGUAUAUAUA